GACAGAGCGCUGUUAUAGCUGAGCUGGCUGUUGGGCUGUUUUGGGUUUCUGUCGACGACUUUACUCUGAGUGGGAGCAGUCAGCGAAACCAGGAAGAUUUCUGCACACCUAGUGGAGAGCACACUGAAGCAGUCUGCCGUUCACACGUCACACCAGUCGAGUUUAACUUUUAACAAAAGUAAAAGGAGUCCAGCUCCGUGAAAUCGACGCCGAAAUGGACCCCGCCAGUCAAGAUAUCAACCUGAACUCUCCUAACAAGGGCCUUGUUGUGGAUAAUGCAGACACCCUGUCCGACGUUCCGGUGGAGGGAGCGGUGGGGAACGCAGCCAACCCUCUUCCACCCGGCCUGACAGAGGAGGAGGCCGAGGAGCUCCGCGUAGAGCUCACCAAGGUGGAGGAGGAGAUCAACACCCUUCGUCAGGUUUUGUCAGCCAAAGAGAGACACGCCACAGAGCUGAAGAGGAAACUUGGCCUCAGUCCGCUCACCGAACUCAGGCAGAACCUCACCAAGAGCUGGCAAGACGUACAGACCUCCAACGCCUAUGUGAGAACCUCUGAGAAACUGGGCGAGUGGAAUGAAAGAGUUACCAGCUUGGAGUUAUAUCUGUCUGCCUCAGCCACUUUGGAUGACAUUACCCACUCUGAAGUAUACAAGAAGACUCAGGAGACUCUCCUCCAGGCGGGACAGAAGACCAGUGCAGCUCUCACCACAGUGGGCACAACCCUCAGCAAGAAACUGGGCGACAUGAGGAACUCUGCGACCUUCAAGUCGUUUGAGGACAAAGUGGGGAACCUGAAGGUGAGGAACGCACCUGUAGGCCACAAUGACUAUAAGGUUGUCGGCCCCAAAGGAAACAGCGAGGCCGUCAGCUCCCCCACUGACACCACCCCCACUCAGGAGAACCCGCCUUUCUGAAUGCAUCCCCCCUCCUCCUCCUCCUCUUCCUCCUCCUCCUCGUCCUUGCUGCCACCUUCCUCACGACCUGAGACUGUACUGUUAUCACCUCACAUCGCAGAGUCAGCCCCGAUCCUUUGAUCCUCCACCUCACCGACUCGCCGCCACUCACUUUGCCCCAAGGUCUGUAGACGCAGACAGGCGGAGGUGAAGGACUCGUGGGUUUGAGGUGGGACGAGCUUUCCCAUCGCUGCUGGUCCCACGGCCUCCACUCCUCUGCCUCGCUGUCGAGGGAAAAGGAAAAUGUUUUGUUGAUGUCUAAACCUGAAUAAAUUACAGACCUUGCUUUGUUACAUCGCCACGUCCUCCCCAGUUAGACCCCACCCCUCCGUUAGUCCAAAUAACUCCUGCGCAGGUUCUUACUGUGUCAGCAAAUAAAGGCUAAAUUAAGACGUCAGGCUUUUAAACUAAAUGAGAAACUUCACAUUUAAUUCCAGGGUUUGGGGUUUGUUCAGAUAUCGCUGCAGUGACGCAUCAAACGUAGCUCUGCAGGUGGAUUUUUGGGCCCAACUCAGAGUUUAGGAGCCAGAAUAUCUGCAGACUGAUGGUGGAGGAGCAUUUAACGGGCAUGAGAUGGUGAUUUAUACCGCUACUGUUUCUCUCUUCUUGUUUCCGACUUCUAUCACGUACUUAAAUCACUCAUUCACACUGUGAGCACGUCACCACAGCAACCCCACCUUCUUCUCAAACUUGUAGAGUUCUCUUCACAGCUCUGCGGAGGCUCGACACAGGCUUCACUCGCAGGUUAGAGGUCAGUGGUUUGACUGGUGGGGGGGUGGGCAGGGCGGGCGGGGGAUCCAGUACAUCUCACCUCUCUUUAGACCUUCUACUGCUACGUGCAUGUGCAUAUCUCAUCUCAGUUGUACCAUACCGACCGCGCAAAGAAGACCGAGGUCUCGUGUAACACCCUUAAAAGAAAAAACACACCCAGGAUGUAAAAACAGGAAAAAAAACCUUAAACCAUUUUGUAUUACAAACUAUUUUACACUGCUUUGCAUAAUGUUUUUACAUAACUUUUAUCAAUAUGUAUAAAUAUAUAUGAAUAAAUAUAUUGUCACUGAUGCUGCCGAACGGUAGUGAUCAGGUUGGGAGGAUUGAGAAAAAGUAGGGGAGGCGAAAUAAACUUAAAUGUGAUGAGUCAGUUUCACAGACGUGACUUAUUGUCUGUCAGGAGUUUAAAGUCUGUCGUGAUCGAAAUAUGUUUGUGAAACUGACUCAUUAAUGAGCUGCAGUCGUCUGGUACCCGUCUGGGCGCCAAGCAGACGAGAAGCAACAUCAUCAAACUGGUUUUCAUUGUAAAAAAACUGCAGGUGUGUUUGAUCUCAGUACAUUGACAUCACCAUUUGCAAGUCACACUAAAACCUCAAGAUUUAAAACGCUUUGAAACCACUUUGACUGUGUUUCUUCUUCCUGGUGCGACUGCGGCUCCCUUCCUGUCGUUAACACACAGAACUCAAUGUGAGACGAUGCUUUGCUGUGUACACUACCUGGUGAAUGUCAACGCUUCUCUAUCGGCCUUACUCACUUUAAUAGUUCACCUGUUAUGAUUUAGCUGGUAGAAAAGAUUUUCUCCUUUUAUGUUCUUUUUCUUUUGUUUAGUUGUACAGACUGGUUGAUUGAAGGAAAGGCAGUUAGCGUUAAAAUAUUUAGAGUCCAACGGGCCACAGAAUGUGUCAAGAAAACAUGUUGCUGCCGUAGCAGAAAAGUUGCCAACAAAAAAAAAAAACCUUAAUGCACACACGAAUGCACUCCUGUUAACACACACUAAGCUCCCUGAUCACACACACACGCUGCAUGAGGCCAAACUAACACACUUUGUACCAAAUCACUGUUGCUGUUAAAAACAGAAGCUCUUACAAACAGCGACAGUAAACCUGAGAGCACAGAGCUGUGCAGCACCGUCACUUUUCUCUCUUUUUAUUUUGUUGAAGUUGCUGAUACAAAGGCAACAUUGCCUCUGGUGGUUUGACAACACGUUACAGUGAUUUUCCCGGAAAACAUACAGGCAACUUCUUCAAAAAAUGCCAAAAUUUGUCUCGAAAUGAAGCUUGAGUUACUGUUAAGGCCGAUCAAUGUUGCCUCUCGCGUUGCCAAUUUUGUUUUUUGCACCCGUUGCAGCUGCAAAACGUUGCUCUUGUGUCCUGGCUCAGCUUCAGUGCAGUGACUCAACGUGUCGUGGAUGGACAAGUGUGUCAAUGAGGCAGUAGAAAAGGGUAGAUAUAAGUUAUAUACCUUUUUAAUAUUUGAAAUCGUUGAAUGAUUUACGCCAAAACUUUCCUGGAAGGUUUAAACUCUGUUACAGAGCAAGAAAUGAGCAGAACAUUAAAACAGAUGAGCAGGUGAAACCGAACCAGCUCUCUGUGACUGAGCCUGACGUCAGUGAUCAAACAGUAACACAGCUCAUAAACAAAUCUUCCCGGCUUCAGAAGUGCUGCCAGUGUAUCAUACGUGUAUUGCCUUGUUUUUUGUGUUGAUCCUUUUGGUAGUUAAUAUAUUCCCGUUAGGUGAUUUGUCGUGUUUCCGUUCGGCUUUUUCCUUCUGUUCAGAGAGGUGGAACUUUCAGAGAAGAUCUGUUAUUUGUACAAAUGAUUUGCCAUCAGUUUAAAAGCAAGUUGCCAAUGUUUGAAUAUCUGUUACAGAAAUCUCUCUUUUUCUGCCUCUGAAUCUCAUGGACUCUGAUUUCUGCUUUGCCAAGAUGAAAAACGCAGAUGCACACUACAAGAAAUAUGAAUCUAAACUCAUUUACUUCAGAUUUGACUCCUGAAGUCAUAUUUUUCUUACACAAAGUGGAGAAAUCACCUCGUGCGUGAUGCUUCGUGCAGGGCGACGAACUCUGUGCAAGAAAAUUUUAGUUUUUAAACACUGAAUUAAAUGACGUGUUAGGAUGAAACUUUUUUUGCAGUGAAGCUGUCGCCUGUUUAAAGCUGCGAUCAGUUUUAGGAGACUGACAUAUAGAAAAGGUUGGUGUACUUUGGUGUUGGGUGUCAGUGGGAAGCGCAGCACACGGCGAGCGUGCUCUGCAGAGGCUGGAGGACAGUAGAGUACUUAUAGCUUUAUUAUUAGGUCCUGGGCCUAGCUGAUGUAGAAUAUCAAAAGGGAUCAGAUUUGGAAGAACAUGGUGAAUUAAUUAAAAAACAUGUUUUUGGUUUUGUUGUAUAUGUUUGGAUAUCAAUAAAGCAUUCCUUUAAAUGAAAA